AUGUUAUUAAAUGCUAGUGCUUGGGUUGAUGUUCAAGAAUCUUGGGGAAGAACACCAGUAUUUCUUGCAAUCGAGAAGAGAAAUAUGUAAGUUUAUAUUGUACUUAAACUUGGCUAUGUUAACUUUGUGUAUGCUAGGUAGAUCUAUAAGUUCUACUAAUUGGUUUCUACCAACAUUCUGAUGGCCUCGUUAACAGAAAGAUUACUUGGUGUUGAGGGUACUGCUCUCAUCCUUCAAUUGGUGAAUAUGCAAUAAAAUCUUUCAGCAGCGUAUGCAACAGAACGUUAGAGUUUGGGGGGCUAGGUCAGGUUUAAGUAGUGAGGGACAUGCUCCCUGGACAAUUUUAAAAUCUAAAGUUGUGAGUAGUGAGGGACAUGCUCCCUGGACAAUUUUGAAAUCUAAAGUUGUGAGCAAAUAUUGACAUUUCAGUAUCUUAACUGUUUCCAGCCAACUGUACAACAGCAUAUUAUAAAUAUUUAAUAAUGAAGUUGAUAUCUGGAGGGGCUUAGCAGUUAGUAAGCUGUUUUGCCACUUAUUUUCACCCAUUGAGAAGCCUGGCACACAUGAUGCAAUUUUAAUUCAGUCAUUAAAAUCGGGCAACUAAAACUGGCCAACUAAAUUUGCAUCAUGUGUGCCCGGAGACAGAGUAAAAUAAUAAAGUAGGGCACACUGCAAUGCAGCUUAAUUUAAGGAGUGCUCUUUUUUUAUUUCCUUCAUAGUGAUAUUGUAACAUUACUACUUCAACGCAAAGCAAAUGUUCAUAUCGCAGACAGUAUUAAAGGGCACACAUCACUGAUAUUAGCUGCUUCACAAGGUGACACAGGAUGUAUGAGACUUCUGCUUGAUUACAGUGCUGACCCAAAUUGCCAAGAUAUUUUUGGUCAAACACCACUCCAUCACGGUAGGAAAUAAUUAUAAUUCUUCAAUUAUCAAUAAUGCAUAAACAAAACACAAAAAGAAAACUGUCUUGACACAUUAACCUUUGGCUUUGUGUUGAACUUGUCUAGACUUACAAUAUUGGUUUGACUCAAACACUGAAAAUUGUUUAUAGUGAAAACCACCUCUAAACCAUCGUAUUUUUAAAUUCCCAUUUUUGGUAUUAAGUUAUUUAUUUUUACGAUUAAUAAAGACUUAAUAGGCAGUUUCGCCUCAAACAACAAACAACUUUUUGGUAAUUUAAAAUCACAGCUACUGUAAAAUUAUAUAAUAAACUCAUUUUAUCACAAAAAUAUACAAAACCUUUGCUGCAAAUUAAGUGCAAACUAUAGCUAUGCCUGUAGUUUCAAUGCUUAAUGUAUACUUAUCUAGUUGUGAAUGAAACCACAGAUGACAACACAGAAAAAUGUAUCAGGCAACUGGCAGCAUAUGGAGCAGUUUGUUCGAGAGACAAUAAGGACAGAUCACCUGUUGAUAUACUUUUGGAUAAAAACAGGUUUUCUGAUGCUGAAACGAUGAUACAAUUAACAUGUAAGAUAAUAUCAACUUUCUUCUAUGACUAUGAUCUCAGUCAUUUCUUUGUACAUCAUGCACGGACAAAAUCUUCGAAAUAUUUUGGUUGUUGUUGUCGUCAUUGUUGUUGACUUUCCUUUCACCAAAUUUUCAUUUUUAGGCAAACCAAGAACUUUACGAAGUAUAUGCUGGGUAAAAGUGAGACAAAAUUUACAGACGCAGAAAAUCUUGGAUUUGCGAGAGCUUAAAAUUCCAAAAUGUUUAAUUAGAUUUAUAGAAGAUGAUUUAGCGUUCCUAGAAACGAAUUAG